AUGAAUACAUUACAGCAAUCCAAAGAGGAGAAAAUCUCGGCCGAAUAUUCACUGCGAAGGUUAUGCUCUACAUAUGGCGAAUCGGAAGAACCAAGAAAUCAGGCAGGCAUUGCGUCGGAUGAACCAGUGAAGUUGACUCUCGCGGAUAAUAAUGCCGACGAAUGCCUAUCGACGCGAAACCUUGCAAAAGGCGAAUGUCGUCUAGAUGUCGAUUCAGAGACACCCUUUUCAUCACCGGAUGUUUGGAAAGAUUUGAUUCUACAUCAGAGUUUUUUCGACGAAGACGACUGCCUCAAGACGAAGCGUUGGAAACCAAGACUCUUGUUAGAAGAAAUUUCCGCUUUUGAUGUGGAACAGCUCAAAAAUGUUGCAGCGGAUGACAAGAGAUCGAUAUUGCCAUCAAGAGAUUUAAAACAGGAUUUUGAUCAUUCUAAGAACAUAUGCACAUCAGAUUUAGAUGAUAGUAAAAUUAAUGAUGUAAACCGAGAUUUAGCUGAACUACAAGAUCUGCCUUUUUUCGAUUUCAACACCAAAAUUAAUUCAGAUGUAGAUUUUUUCCUAUCGUUGCCGGAACUUGAUACAAAUAUUGAAAACAGUAGUUUUGACUUUGAACAAAGCAAAAAGCCAGAAGGUAAAAGUUACGAAUAUGAAGAAAAAAAAGCGUUAGAACAAAAUUUCAAAUCACAGAACGAAGCAAGUUUUUCAGAAGAUCAAUUGAAAUUAGUACCAUAUGUAGAAAUACCAAUCAAUAAGCAGAUUACAUCAAAAAUAUCAAAUGUUAAAUUGAACUUUUCUUUGAAAAAUAUCGAUGAACUAACUAUUGAUUUGCCACAAAUCAUAUCGCAAACAUUUGGAAAUGUGCAGAAAACUGCAAAUCUUAUACCAGAAAAAGACGAAACAACAAUUUCAGAUAAACAACAAAAUUUUGCUAAUGAAGAUUUGUAUGAUCCAGAGAAGUUUGACCAAAUGCCAGGUCCUUGGCCCGUUGACCUACCAUUGCCUAUGCCUUGUUGGGGAAGAGAAACUGAUGCAAAGUUAGAUUUUUCAUCAGUAAUAGAAUAUGAGGCAUUUGCCAGCAGAGUAGAAAUGACGGAACAGAGAUUAUUGGAAGAGACCAACUAUGAUACUGUAGAUAACUUUUUACAAUUCAGCCAGGAAUAUAGAAAAAUGAGGGAUGCUUCCGGAACAAAUUAUGACCUGGAUAAAUUCUUCCGUGCUUAUACACCACCAGUGUCGAAACAACAUCAUACUUGCGUGAGUCUAGCCAUGGAACUGUUGAACAGAUUGAAGCCGUUACACCAAGCUUAUUCGAAACUGUCUGAGGCUGCAUAUUUGGUGAGUUGCGAAGAAGCCGUCGGCACCACGGAUGCGUCUCGCUAUAUACAAAAUUCUCCCGACCCAUCCAGGGCUCCAGGCGGCGCCUUAGAAAAAGAACACGUUAUGGUUGCUAUUCGUAUUUGCAUAAAUGGAAGAAAAGGUGUAGUCCUUUGUGAUCCAGGAUAUCACGUCGCAAGAGUAGUGACAGUAAUGGCUGAUGAAAAAUAUCCACAUACGGGUUGGUUUACACAAUGUGAUGAAGGGCCAGGUGGAAGCAAACGCGAAUAUUGCUAUGCUUAUAGCACUCAAUCUUCUCAUUAUGUUGAAUGGCAUGAACGACAACACAGAACUAUUAAAGAAGGAGGAACAACUACAAAUCUAGUGGUAUCUCUAGUAUAUGUGCAUAAACCUUAUUAUACUGCAGUGGAUGUGACAGUAAGGCGUAAUUUAGUAUACAACUUCCGUUCAUUACUGGCACGUGAUACCAAAGGUCAAGUUUUAGCUGGAUUAUAUUUCCUGGUUUCCGCUACAGAUUGCCCGGAAUUUACAUUAUUCUAUGAGCAAGCAUCAAUUAAAAGAAAAACAAAGUACAAGUUUUCGCAGUUUACAAAUCCAGAAGAGAUACCAGAGCAACUUCAACAUCAGAUCAAUGAGUGCAGUUCACAAUUAAGAAUGUCUAGUUCAGAGCUAACAAAGCUGCUAUCGUCAUUAUCAAGCAUAUUGAGCGAUCAAUCAUAUAUCCAACAGCUUCUCGAUAUCAACGAUACCAUCACUGAGAUGUCAGAAGUUGAAAAUUGAAAGUCAUCAACAAAUGCCAUGUCAUCAAAGAAUGGCACGUCAUAAAUAAUUUUAUUAAAUUCUUUUUAAAAUUUAUGUAUUAUUAAAUUGUAAUGUCUAAUGCUUCAUAUUAGUAUUAAGUUUUCAAAUUUUUAUGUUUUUUUUUGUAUUGUAUUAAUAGUUUACUUAUUUUUCUUAUUUUGAUAUACCUGGUAAUUUGUAACUUAUAAAGAAGCUUAAGCUCGUAUAAAACUAUCUUUAUAUUUAUCAAUGCUUAUGUAUUUUAAAACAAAAAUAAAAUGCUUUGAAAG